AUGGCCGAGUACAGUGCGCAGCCUGUCAACGGGAUGCCUCAAAAUGGGGAGACGGGACAACAGACCACGCGCGGCUCGAACGAUCGCUUCGAGCUCAUAUCCGGUCCCCUGAUCAACCUGAAGAACAUGCACUACCAGGCUACAACCACCUGGCACGGCAGUAUCUUGAUUGUCACCAAGCCAACCCAGGAGCAGCCCCAGCUGCGCCUGCGCCAGGUAGGCGCCGUGGAUAUUGAGGCCCAGAGCGGCACCGACAGGGUUCCAACAAACCAAACAAUCGAAGGUCUCAAGCUCUACGAGGAUCCCCUGAAAGCUUUCUGGCGAUUCUCGCUUACCGUGCCGGUGGCCGCAUUCGAGGCGCGUUGGGCGUACGACAUCCCUGGUCUAUACAACGAGUCCGGAGUCCAGGUCCCGGCACCGUGGGAAUUUGUCGUUCCUGCAGAAGAGCAGUCCAUGCGUACCAUGUUCCACUCGUGCAAUGGCUUUUCCGUCGGCACGGACAUGAACGCCUGGGUAGGGCCAAAUCUAUGGAACGAUGUGAUGCGCCUGCAUGGCGAGAGGCCAUUCCACGUUAUGGUUGGCGGUGGUGACCAGAUUUACAAUGACGGCGUUCGUGUGGAUGGCCCGCUCAAGCCUUGGACUGCGAUUGCGAACCCGCAUAAGAGGCGCAACCAUGACUUCAAUAAUCAGAUGCGCGCUGAUUGCGAUGACUACUACUAUGCCAACUAUGUCCGCUGGUACAACACUGAGCCAUUCCGCUCUGCCAAUGGCCGCAUUCCUCAGGUCAAUAUCUGGGAUGAUCAUGAUAUUAUUGAUGGGUUCGGCUCAUACACGGAUCAUUUUAUGAAGUGUGCUGUCUUCCGUGGUAUCGGCGGUGUCGCUUUCAAAUAUUACUGUCUCUUCCAGCACCACAUUGCCCCUCCUAUGUCGACUUUCACUACCGAUUCCCCGCAGACUAUGCAUGCCGUCAAUGGAACUUCGGGUGUUGACCCGCGUCAAGUAGAGAAUACCUACGUUCUGCAGAACCAGGUCGAGGACGACAGCUGGAUCAUCGGCAAACGGCCCGGUCCUUACGUGGAAGAGAGCAGCCGAAGUCUCUACAUGCGCUUUGGCAAGCGCAUUGCCUUUAUAGGUCUAGAUGCGCGAACAGAGCGCACCCGUCACCAGGUCAACUACGAGGACACCUACGAUAUGAUUUUCGAACGGCUGCAGCGCGAGAUCGUCGCCGCCGACGGCGACAUCAAGCAUCUGAUAGUAUUACUAGGCGUCCCGAUCGCAUACCCCCGUCUAGCAUGGCUCGAGAACAUCCUCACGUCUCCCUUGAUCGCGCCGAUCCGACUACUGAACAAGCGAUUCGGCUUGGCAGGCGGCCUCUUCAAUGAAUUCGACGGCCAAGUGGAUCUACUCGACGAUCUGGAUGACCACUACACCGCGCGCCAGCACAAGCACGAGCGCAAGAUGCUAGUCCACCGCCUGCAGGAGUUCGCCCGCAGCAACAGCGUGCGGGUAACCAUUCUCGGCGGCGACGUCCACCUUGCCGCCAUCGGCCGCUUCUACUCCAACCCGAAACUUAACCUUGCAGGCGAAAAUGAUCACCGCUUCAUCGUCAACGUCGUCAGCAGCGCUAUCACAAACAAGCCCCCACCCCAGGCCGUCGCCAACCUCCUCGCUCGUAGAAACAAAAUCCACCACCUCGACCAUGAAUGCGAUGAGACUCUCAUGCCUUUCUUCGACAAGCAGCCUGGCGGCCAGGAGAAGGGCGCCGCCUGGAACAAAGUCACCAUGCCAUCCCGCAACUACGCCAUCCUCACCGAGGUCGUCGCCCCAGGGCCCGGUAACACCGGUGUCCUCGAAUCCAAUUCCGUGAAACUGGAGCGUCUUCCUAAAGACGGCCAUGCACCACUGCACAAGGGCGAAGUCAAUGCCGGAACGGCACACAGCGCCGCUGAUGGGUUCACCUGUACGAGCGGCAUGUUUGGCGGACUCGACGUUUCCGUCCGUGUUGAGAUCGAUCCCCAGAACCGUAGCGCUACUACCGAGGGAUAUGGAUUUAGUAUCCCCCCUCUGUUCGCUACUGAGGGUCCACCGGCCACCGGUCACCGGCUUAGUAUGCACUCGCGCAGGUCCCAGGCCCGACCAUCGACAGCGCUGUAA